AUGGCAUGGCUAUCUUUCCUGAAGUCGAAGGACUUUGACCCCACCGAUUUUGAAAAGCAGCUGGAGCUCAUUUCGAGGAAGAUUGCAACGAACGAGAGAGGCCUUUCCAAGGUGAAGUACCAGGAAAGGGCUCUCAAGAGGUUCAUCAAGGUUUACGGGAUCAGUGGAUACAUUGUGUUGAUUUCAUAUGCCUUAUGGAAUGCCAGUCCACGCUGGUAUAACGUCUCGAGAACAAAUCUGGUCUGGUUACUCGUUGUGCCCAUUGUGAUUGUCGGCCUCAUUAAGAGUGUGACAAGGAUCUCUUCCAUUCGUCACAGCCGUAAACAAGCGGAGGUUGAGAGGCUCCAAUUCGAACACGAAUCCAAGAUCGAGGAGUUGAAAGAGAAGACAAAGUUCUCCAGCACACAGGCGUUGCUCUCGAGAUUCGCCGAUGGCAUAGACCUGAGGGCACAGCUAGACGAUGAGAUUCUGGAGAGACAGCAAAAGCUGGAUGAGAUCAAGAAGCAGUCAACUGAACAACAACCGAACAUUAGGGAGAACAAGGGCUGGCUGGACUCGAUCGUAGAUUCCGUGGCGGGAUCGGACGAGCUUGAUGCCGACCAUAGGUUUGCACUGAUAUGUCCUAGAUGUCUGAACCACAAUGGACUUGCACCUCCAGGUCUAUCACCAGAGAAGGUUAGGUAUAUCUGUCCUAGAUGUGGAUUGUUGAACGGUGCACUUGUUGAGGAGAUCUCUGAGGAUAACAACACCCGUGAAGCUGAACCCGUUGUGAAGGGAUUGGAAGAGACAAAGGAAGGAUAA